AUGGCUUCCUGGAUUUCCCUUCCCAAUCCUUCACCUCCAUACCUGGCUGGACUUUAUAUAAACCAUGCCAAGAAGGGCAGGAGGAUCAGGGUGAGGUUCAGCUCCACAGAGGCUGGGAUCCAUCGCUGUGACAACAGCAAAAGAACAAGGGCUUGGGUAAGUUGCAGGAGAUUCCACCAGCUGGGAGAGAGGAGAGAACAGUGUCACUUGGGGCUGCAAUUGCAAUUGAGGCAGCGUGAGCUAGUGGCCAGUGGGCAGCCAUGUGUCACGCAGAACAGAAUAUUCAAUAAGCGCCAGGUGGACUAUCCACGGACCCCAGCCCAAAACCCCGGAACCUACGGCAACACAAUGAUGAAGAAACAAGGAAUUUAUGGGAAGAUUCUCAACACCUUCAUCCAUGAGCCCAUCCCAAUUGUCAACAGUGUCUGCUUUGGUGGAGGGAUACCCAUCAUGGGUGGGCUGCACACGAGCAAAGCUGUCUUCCCCACCACCCAAUGCCGAUACAACCUACCGAUCCACGCUUACACAGGGACACCGAUGUCCAGAAAAUUUGUCAUUUGCUGCUGUAAAGGGCUCCCUCUGCUUCUUGUGGGAUAG